UUUUACACAGCGCACGUGCCCAUAAAAACGAUUACAGGGGCGAUUUUAAAAUUCGCACGCUUUUUCUAACGUUAUUUUAUUUUUAUUAUGUGUAGGAUAGUGUUAUUGUUUUUGCUCGUGGGAUGCGGAACGUCGCAGCAGUUUGAUGAGCAAUUGUUCAACGACAACCGUCGUGUGGCCAAGACCGUGGUGGAGGCCCUCCAAGACCGGCGCUUCGACGGCGAGCUGACCCUCGACCUCAGGAAGGAGAACCAGGUGCUGCUCAACAGGACCAUGUCGCUUCUCAUCAAGUACAUCGUCAAAAGGGAAGUGGACAACUACCGGAAACGGCGAGCUGAAGCUAUCAGCCGGAAGAUCUACUCGGCACUCAUCAUGAAACUCAUCGACAUAGCCCGAGAUUUACCCAAGAACCAAUCGGCCACUGACCGCAUAGACACCGCACACCACUACUACAUGUCGGUGGAGUCGCGCGACCAGCACGACGACAUCGCCGACCGACAAGUAUUCCAUGUCUGCGCGCGGCUCUACGACAUCCUGUUCACUGCGCCCAGAAUUCUAGCCCAGCUGGGAAGAAUGGAUGACCUAACGCCCAGGGUCCUAGUGCGCAAGCUGCAGGACAUUGAAGUCAAGCCUGUGCAUCUUGGUGCACUUCUAGUUAUCCAGUACCAUCUCCGCCGCACAGUCAACUUCGCCAUCCAAAACAACAUUCUCGAGACCUUAAGCGCCGAGCCCCGCAUGGUGGGCCCUGAGGUCAUCGCGACCCUGAAGGACCUGGCCGCCUUCCUGCUGCCAGUGGUCGAGAUGCUGGAUGUCCACCUGGCGCAUUCGAGCCCCAUGUUCAAAGACACGUGCCCGCCCACGUGGCUCGGCAUUGUCAAUAAUAAAUAA